AUGUCGAGUAAGCGUUUUUAUAAUUAUGAUGUCGAUAGUGGAUAUUCAACCAGAGCGAUCAUCGUUAUUGUUAUCGGCGUACUUCUUGGAAUAUCAGUAUUAAUUUCAUUUACAGUACUGAUUCUAUGUUUAAGAAAACGAAAUCAACGUCGUCUUACAUACCCUGGCUUUGUUCUACAGCAGCACCCAAACCUCAAUGGAGGAUAUUACAUAAAUUCGCCGCCAAUAAGUGUCAUCAAUCCCCAUUAUCCAUCACCACAAUCUCAACCGCCACCUUACACAACAUCUUUAUCGUCACCGGAUACGAAAUAUCCAACUUCACUCCCAGCACCAUAA